GCACAGGCAAGUCAGAAGGAAUUCAGUCUUUUUAGAGAGAGUGUUUGUGAAGGGAAGGUAACAAGGCACUCCAGGCCCAUCAUCCACAGCGUGGCCAUGAAGGCUGCUCGGAUCGCCCUACGGAACGCGGCCCCUUUGGCCGCCACGAGCCAUGGCCACCCGGGCAACGGGAGGGCCACCCGGGAAGUGGAGCAUUUUGCUCGUUACUCGCCUUCGCCCCUGUCCAUCAAGCAGUUCCUGGAUUUCGGGUCAACUAAUGCUUGUGAAAAGACCUCUUUUUCAUUUCUUCGGCAUGAACUUCCUGUGCGGCUAGCAAAUAUUCUGAAAGAAAUUGACCUCCUUCCUAAUCCAUUGUUGAGCACUCCUUCAGUACAGUUGGUAAAAAGCUGGUAUGUCCAAAGCCUAAUGGAGCUGGUGGAGUUCCAUGAUAAAAAAUCUGAUGACCACAAAGUUCUGUCAGAUUUUAUAGAUGCCAUUAUUAAAGUCAGAAACCGACAUCAUGAUGUGGUGCCCACAAUGGCCCAGGGAGUUCUAGAAUACAGAGAUUCAUCGAAGAUGGACCCAUUCAUCAAUCAAAACAUUCAGUACUUCUUGGAUCGAUUUUACAUGAACCGGAUAUCCAUCCGGAUGCUAAUAAACCAGCACACACUUAUUUUUGACAACAAUAACAAUAUCGGUAAUCCACGACACAUUGGAUGCAUUGACCCAUGCUGUGAUGUUGUUGACCUGGUCCAUGAUGCUUUCCAAAGUGCUCAGAUGCUUUGUGACCAGUAUUACUUUGCUUCUCCAGAGUUAAAGCUCACUCAAGUGAAUGGAAAGACAGCUGGACAGCCUAUUCACAUAGUAUAUGUACCUUCUCAUCUCUUUCACAUGCUGUUUGAACUCUUCAAGAAUGCAAUGAGGGCAACAGUUGAGCAUCAAGAAAACAAGCCCUCUCUUGAUCCAGUGGAAGUGACUGUUGUGCUUGGAAAGGAAGACCUGUCAAUCAAGAUAUCUGAUAGAGGAGGCGGCGUUCCAGUGAGGAAAAUUGAAAGCCUCUUCAGCUACACAUAUUCUACUGCACCAAAGCCUGUAAUGGAUAACAAGAAUACAACUCCUUUGGCUGGUUUUGGUUAUGGAUUGCCAAUUUCUCGCCUGUAUGCUAAAUACUUUCAUGGGGACCUCAAUCUUUGUUCCAUUUCUGGCUAUGGGACAGAUGCUCUGAUUUACUUGAAGGCCCUUUCCACAGAAUCUAUAGAAAAGCUUCCUGUUUUCAACAAAUCAGCCUGCAAGCAUUAUCAGACUCCUAUAGAAGCAGAUGACUGGUGUGUUCCAAGUAAAGAACCAAAAAAUCUGUCACGACAGAGUGCAGCUGCAUGAAACCCACAUUUGUGCAGGAUAUUGAAAGGGGAUCAGAAAUCCAUGUUUCAGACAGGACUAAGGAAACAAAUAACUUGAUGUUGCUCCAAUUCUGUACCACGAUCUGCUCGAGAAGGAAGUAAUUAUACAGAAUGGGAGUGUACAGAGUGUACAUGUACUGUAUUUGUGUUCGAGAAUAUGUAAUGAAGCUUGAUACAUAAGGAAAAUCGAAUGCAUAGAUGGGUGUGCAGGUGAUUUUUUUUUGUUCUUUUGAACAUUAGACUAACACUCCAAAGUAGUAGUGUUUUCAGACUUAGGAGUUAGGACAAUGUUUUCAAAACCUUUGUCAUGGUUGCACUCCAACACAAAAUACUAACUUUCCUCAAAUAUUAUCAGUUAGUAUUUCAUUCUGAUGCAAAGAUGUAUAUAUACAGCAACCAAUGGAAGAUCCAGUUGAAAUUUGCCCCCACUAGAAGUGGCUGGAUUUGAUUAAAAUGUUAUAUUGUAGCAUGAUACAGAAAGUCACAUAUAUUCAUUGUUAUUCCAAAAUGUAACCAUUACUUGAAGAUUGUUCCAAAACUAGCAGUACUUGCAUAUAGUGAUUUUCAUUGCCUUUCUGAAUGUGGAAUUUUCCCCACAGUCAUGGAGAAGGAUUUUAAAGUGAUAUCAAGGAGGUAUUUCAAAGUAGCAAUGUUACGGUAUGUCUGGUUUUACAUACAGUGAGGAACAGUAGUAUGAAUAAGUGAAGAUUAUGAGAGCAAGCAAUCUUUAAAUUGCAAGCAAUCUGUGCACAUGUAUAUAGGAUAAGCUUCUGUGUGUAAACAUCAACCUUUGAGGUUUUCACCGCAUGGAACUGGAACACUUUUGAAAUCCUGGUGUGUGAGCAGUUAGUCCCAGAUCACUUCUCAAAGUGUGGCUUCCAGAGCUUUAAACACCCAAAUCAUGCUUGAAACAUUUUGGAGGGAUGUGAAUCGGAAUUUCAAAAGAAAUCAGAGUGAGAAGCAGAGGAACAUAGAAUGGAAAUGGCAGGAUGGUUUCCUUUUUAUGAAGGAAUGAUUGGGGAAAUAUUCCAUUCCAAAUGAUUUACACUCCUGAAAGACUGGGAGUUUGGUAUGGGCCCAGUGAAUGACAAUCUAGGUCAGUCAGUCUGUUUGGGUUUUUUUUAAGGCAGAAAUAUGCUUAAGAACUAAUCCUAGUUCAUUUUAAAAGGAUCACUGUGAAGAUUUAGUGUCUGUGGUCAGUUAUGGAAGCUCCAUUGCUGUCACAUUUGCUGAUGCCCACAUUUGCUGUGGCCAUCGGGUUCAGUCAAAUAGGUAAUCCCAGCUAUGUGAGGCUAUUGUGUGCAGUUGGUACAGCGAACCAACGAAGGCUUUAACAGCUAACAUUGCUGGAUUUUCGGAUGUUUUUCUUCCCUCUGAAAAUGUUGUCCAGGUUUAGAAAAAACUGCAGAUCUUUGUUUUGCAAAGUGCCUGUUUUUGUGCCUUGAUCAUGGAAAAAUAACUGUUUAUUUAGCGUGCCAAUUUCAAGUGCCUAUUUGGGUUGGCACCUCUAUAUUAAGAGUUACUGGUAUUAUCUUAGUGCAGUGUAUAAAUGCAUAAUGUAGUAUCAUACCACAGAGGCAUUGGUUAAUAUUCAGAUCAACUGUGUAGAGUUGCAUAUGUCUUCAGUGUGUUUUCAUAGCUGUGAUAAUGCUUAUGCACUUUGACCUUGUACAGCAGGUAAUGUAGGAUUUAAUAUUAAUUACUUUAGGUUUUAAUCUGUUCUGUCAGGCUAUGCACUGUUACUAAAAAGAACCAAAGGAGCCAGCCAGCUUUUCUCAGUCACGGAUUAUGUUAUCACCUCCUGUUCAAUUAUUGUGCAGAAACAAACAUGAGCCUGGCUACACAUUUCUUUUUUCUGCAGUGAAGCCUUUGGUGCUGCUUGGUGCCCUGUAUGUAAUGUCAAAAAGUGCCUGGACCGAGUGUAGGACACUCAAAAUGGAGUUUUUCUUUUAGAAGACUGCAAUAUCUCUUCUAUUAUGUGCCUUCUAGUUUCACGCACACUUGAAAUGUACUGUAAUGUUUUUAAUAAAAAGAUUUUUUUAA